AUGGGCAUCGCCCUUAUCGGCUACAUCAUCUCAACUGCAACGCUUAACACACCCGCGCGAUACAUUGCCUGCUUUUUAUUCGCCAGCGGCGCAUAUGCCGUGAAUUCUAUGAUUCUCGGCUGGGUUUCUGCCACACUUGGAUCCACACCUGAAAAGAAGUCGGUCAGCUUGUCCAUUGUGAACGUGGUUGCUAACGCUUCCUACAUCUACACGGCAUACCUAUAUCCCUCCUCAGAUGGCCCCCGCUACCUCAUUGGAAUGGCGAGUAACGCUGCCUUCGCUGUUAUGUGUAUCAUCGGCACUUGGGCCCUUCGAUUCUGGCUUGUGGAUACUAAUAAGAAGCUUGACCGGGAAGAUAACAGCGACACAACUCGCUACGCUUACUGA